UGCCAGCAAAAAAACUCACACCAUUUUUCUGAGGCAUACAAACAAAAGCAUCUUAUAAAUAGUUUACCGAGCAGCUAUCAGUAACAACCUUAAUACAUUAAGCUCUUCAAUAAAAACUAUACAAUGUUUAAGAGAGUAACCCAAUUAACUUUCAGAAGAUUCAAUUCCCAUGGCCAUGGUUAUGGAGUUUCUAAGCACUUGAAAGAUUUAGCCUAUUCAGGAUCUAAAGUCGACAAGAAAGCUGGAGAAGAAUUUAUUAAGAAUUAUGAAGAAAAAGUUCAUCAUUCUGCUGGUAUUACUAAUUUAUGGAAAAGAAUUACUUAUUUUGUUGCCUUACCAGCAUUAAUCUUAACUACUAUUCCAGUUGCUAAAGUUGAAUUUGAACAUGCUAAACAUAGAGAACAUUUAAGACAUCUUUCUGAUGAAGAAUGGCCAGUUCAAUAUGAUUAUCAAAAUAUAAGAACUCAUAAAUAUUUCUGGGGUGAUGGAGAUAAGACUUUAUUCUGGAAUUCUGAUGUCAAUAGACACAUUGAAAAUUAAAUAAGUGAAAGUUCAAUUGUGUAGAUUAGAUUAAAUCAAUCUAUUCCUGCCUUAUUUUUUUUAUAUAAUAUGUUAAUGAUGUUGCAUUCUUCCCAUUUCACCGUAUAUUCGAAAUAUAUAUUACAAUUUAAAUUUGAAAUAAUAAUAAUAACUCUUGUAGUAAUAAAUUGAAAUUUAUAUUAGCAUAUCAUGUAUAAGUAAAAUGA